AUGAGUAUGUCUUAUACCAUUGUUAUCAAACUGGGAUCGUCGUCCCUUGUAGAUGAAAUGACGAAAGAGCCCAAACUGUCAAUUAUGUCGCUCAUAGUGGAGACUGUUGUGAGAUUGAAGCGGAUGGGCCAUAAAGUUAUCAUAGUUUCGAGUGGUGGGAUCGCAGUAGGAUUGAAGACGCUAGGAUUGGAAAAGAGACCCAAGAAACUGGCUGAAGUCCAGGCAAUUGCUGCUGUAGGUCAAGGUAGGCUUAUUGGAAGAUGGGAUGGACUUUUCGCCGAAUUUGACCAGAGAAUUGCACAGAUUUUGAUCACUAGGAAUGAUAUAGCGGAUUGGUCACAGUAUAAGAAUGCUCAAAAUACUAUCAAUGAACUGUUGAAGAUGGGUGUAGUGCCAAUUGUCAAUGAAAAUGAUACUCUUUCUGUUAGUGAAAUUAAGUUUGGCGAUAAUGAUACAUUGUCAGCGAUUACAGCAGCAUUGAUCGGUGCAGACUACUUAUUUUUGUUGACAGAUGUUGACUGUCUUUACACUGACAAUCCCAGGACCAAUCCUUCGGCUACCAGUAUACUAAUUGUCCCAGACUUAUCGAAGGGACUGCCUGGGGUUAACACCUCAAGCGGGUCUGGAUCUGACGUUGGCACAGGUGGGAUGCAGACAAAACUUGUUGCUGCAGAUCUUGCGACAAAUGCUGGGGUCCAUACGGUUAUUAUGAAAAGCAAUGCGCCAGCAAAUAUAUUGAAAGUGGUUAACUAUAUGCAAACUCUCGAUGGGGAAAAACCAGUGUAUGAUGAUCUGGAGGAUUUACAGAAACGGGAAUUGCUAAAACUGAAGCAGUUGAAUGUUCCACUGCACACGAAGUUCAUUGCCAAUGAUAACCAGCAUCAUUUGAAUAACAGAGAAUUUUGGAUGCUACACGGCCUCGUUACGAGCGGAGCAAUUAUUAUAGAUGAAGGUGCGUACGCAGCUCUUACACGUAAGGACAAAGCAGGUCUCUUACCAGCAGGUGUCAUUGAUACAGAAGGUUCAUUCCAUGAGUUGGAGUGCGUUGACUUGAAGAUUGGUCAACGUUUGCCCGAUGGCUCUUUGGAUACAAGCAAACCUCUCAAGACUGUCGGUAGGGCAAGAUCUAACUAUCACAGCUCAGAGCUGAACAGAAUAAAAGGUUUGCAAAGCGAUCAAAUCGAAGAUGCUCUGGGCUACGCGGGUAGUGAGUAUGUUGCCCAUAGGCAGAAUUUGGCAUUUCCUCCUCAUUAA